ACCUUACAAAACUGAAAUGGUCAGACCAGUGAACUUUGGUCCACUUGUCUUUUUUGUAAAUUUCCGUUCAGACUCUGUAUUGCCUCUGCCUUGUACUUUAUCUUUGGAUUGUUUUCAACUUAAAUUAUCAAAAUGGCUGAAAAUCUUAAUGAUUCCAAUAAAACUACAAUAAGAGUGAAACUAUUGGAUGAUUAUCAAGAUAUUGUUAUUGACUGGAGUGCAAAGGAAAGUAAUGAAAUUCGUAAAUCAAUAAUUGAACAACUUUCAGCAUUCACAAGGAUACCAAGUGAAAAGGUUGAAUUUUUAACGUUUCUAAAGCCGUAUAAUGGAAAUCCUGAAAAUCAUUUUGUGUCCCGUCACCAACCUGGCGAUGCUUGUUUACAUUAUGACAGAAACUCUUGUCGUUCUAUGACGCAAAAUAUGAGAGAUCAUUUCUUUACAAAUGGCAAUUGUUUCAUGCUCAAUACAAUGCUACUGCUGACCUUUGAUUUGGAUAAAACUUACGUUCAUUAUUUUUUAACGCAUCAAGAUUUAAUUGAUGAAACUCAAUGCAGCCGAUAUUUCUGUCUUCAUGCAUGUAAUAGAGCUUUUUUGGAUAAACAAGCUGGAAUAGUCAAUUCAGAUUUUGAUUCAUAUCUGCGCGCUCAGCCUCGUAGAAUACGUCCAAAUAUACUUUACUAUGAACAUUUUAUUGACAUGGAAAGGCGAAAAAUUGAAAUUCUUGCCGAUUUUAAUUUUGCACAAUAUUUUGAUUCUUAUUGUUGCAGAUCUCGUCAUGUUUCUAUGCGUGAAUUUGAUAACCUACAAAAUCGUAUUUACUCGCCAUGCCGUGGUUGACUAUGAUUGUAUCAAAUCGAAAUGUAUCGUCUAAAUUUAACCCAUUUUUUCAAAUAAAACCUAAAUAAAUUUUACCAUUCAUUGUAUUUUAAAUGCACUUAAUUCAGAUUGUUUCAUUUGAAUAACGAUUUCUCCAUGCAAGCUUCAAUUCAAUUACCA